AUGUCGCCGGACAGCAGUUACGGACGAUAUGAUGUGUCGACUCCGUCUGAUACUGUGAUGGCUUCGACGCACAAGGAACGGGAGCCAGAACUACAUAUAGAGUUCGAUGGUACAACCGUUUUAUGCCGCGUCUGCGGUGACAAGGCCAGUGGUUUCCACUACGGCGUCCACUCGUGUGAGGGGUGCAAGGGCUUCUUCCGGCGGUCCAUACAGCAGAAGAUACAGUACAGGCCCUGCACCAAGAACCAGCAGUGCAGCAUCCUGAGGAUAAACAGGAACCGCUGCCAGUACUGCAGGCUGAAGAAAUGCAUCGCCGUGGGGAUGAGCAGAGAUGCCGUCCGAUUCGGUCGUGUCCCAAAGCGCGAGAAGGCUCGCAUCCUGGCCGCCAUGCAACAAUCAUCAUCAUCUCGGGCCCAGGAGCAGGCGGCGGCCGCUGAACUAGACGACGCGCCCCGGCUCCUGGCGCGCGUGGUCCGCGCACACCUCGACACAUGCGAGUUCACACGAGACCGAGUCGCCUCCAUGAGGGCGCGGGCUCGCGACUGUCCCACCUACUCACAACCAACUUUGGCUUGUCCGCUGAAUCCAGCCCCAGAGCUACAGUCUGAGAAGGAAUUCUCUCAGCGUUUCGCGCACGUUAUCAGAGGCGUUAUCGAUUUCGCCGGCCUCAUUCCUGGAUUCCAGUUACUCACGCAAGAUGACAAGUUCACUCUCUUAAAGAGCGGUCUCUUCGACGCCCUGUUCGUGAGGCUCAUCUGCAUGUUCGAUGCGCCACUCAAUAGCAUAAUCUGCCUCAAUGGACAACUCAUGAAGCGGGAUUCCAUUCAGAGCGGAGCGAACGCACGCUUCCUCGUCGACUCUACCUUUAAGUUUGCCGAGCGCAUGAAUUCUAUGAAUUUAACGGACGCCGAGAUCGGUCUCUUCUGCGCCAUAGUUCUCAUCACCCCCGACCGGCCGGGUCUUCGGAACAUUGAAUUAGUGGAGCGAAUGCACGCGAGACUCAAGGCGUGCCUGCAGACCGUCGUCACUCAGAACAGACCCGACAGACCUGGCUUCCUCCGGGAGUUAAUGGACACUCUACCUGAUCUCCGUACGCUCAGUACUCUUCAUACUGAAAAGCUCGUCGUUUUCCGAACGGAGCACAAGGAGUUACUGAGGCAGCAGAUGUGGGGAGACGAGGAGGGAUGCUCGUGGGUGGACUCCGGAGCGGACGAGUCAGCUCGCAGCCCCAUCGGCUCAGUGUCCAGCAGUGAGUCCGGUGAAGCCAUGGGUGACUGUGGGACUCCCCUACUGGCCGCGACCCUGGCCGGCAGACGACGCCUGGACUCCCGCGGCUCCGUGGACGAGGAGGCUCUUGGUGUGGCACACCUCGCACACAACGGACUCACCGUCACGCCCGUGAGACCUCCGCCACGAUACAGGAAACUAGACUCACCCACAGACUCCGGCAUCGAGUCCGGGAACGAGAAGCACGAGAGAAUAGUGGGACCCGGCUCGGGCUGCUCCAGCCCGCGGUCCUCGCUGGAGGAACACUCGGAGGAGAGGCGGCCCGCGCCGGCAGAUGACAUGCCCGUGCUCAAACGAGUGCUGGAGGCGCCGCCGCUGUACGACACGCCCUCACUCAUGGACGAGGCCUACAAGCCUCACAAGAAGUUCCGCGCCAUGCGUCGCGACACGGGCGAGGCGGAGGCCCGGCCGGUGCUGCUGACCCCCUCCCCGCAGCCCCCGCACCACCCGCACCCCGCCAGCCCCGCGCACCCCGCGCACUCCCCGCGCCCGCUGCGGGCCUCGCUGUCCUCGACGCACUCCGUGCUCGCCAAGAGUCUCAUGGAAGGCCCGCGCAUGACCCCCGAGCAGCUGAAGCGCACGGACAUCAUCCAGCAGUACAUGCGGCGCGGGGAGGUGUCGGCCAGUAGUUCCAGCUCGUCGCCCGCGGCCGAGUGUCCCCUCCGCAGCGGCCUGCUCGCGUGUUACCGCGGCGCCGCCCCCUCCCCGUCCCCCUCGCCCUGCCCCGGGCCGGAGCCGCUGCUGGAGCUGCAGGUGGAGGUGUCGGACGCGCCCCUCAACCUGUCCAAGAAGUCCCCCUCCCCGCCGCGCUCCUUCAUGCCCCGCAUGCUGGAGGCGUGA